GCCCUUUUUUAUUUUUCUUCUAAAGGUAUAAAACUUCAUUCCAAUUUCAUAUUUUGACAAAGUCAAGAAGCUCAAACACAGGCCAAAAUCAUUAUCAAAAAUCAAUUUAAAAAAAAAAAAAAAACAUAGCACAUUCUCCUCGCUUAUAAGGGGAAAAAAAAUCGACUCUUUUUAACACCUUCUCUUGCUCUCUCUGUCUUCAAUCUCUCUCUCUCUCUCUCUCUGUCUCUGUGGAACACAUAGCACCAAGAAGAUCACAAGAACAUCAGCUGCUCCUGUCGUUAGCUACCUGUCUGAACUUGGAAGAUCAAGAGGAAACGAAACAUGGGUAAUGGAUACAAUCACCAUCAAAACAUGCACCUUCAUUACAAGUCUACAUUCUUGCCCAUGCUUUGUUCAAGACCUUCAAUCAAAGAUGUGGCUCUUCCCAAAUUAGAAGAUCGAUCUAUGUCCUUCUCCACUGACCCUUUAUCUCCAAAGAUCGGUUGCAUGGGCCAAGUCAAGAGACACAACAACAAGAUAGUCGGCAUCCCAUCUUCUAACAAGAUCACCAUCACCACCACCAGAAACGACACUCCUUCUUCUGUCGUUAAGUACUCUAAGCUAAAGAGGAUCUUCUCUGCCAAGAAUAGUUUCACUGCCUCCAUACCAAAUUCUACUUCUACUUCUUGUAGAAGAAGAGGAGUUAAUGGUGCAAGAGGAUCCAAGAUUAUUGCUGACAGUAAAGAGAAUUCUGUUUCUAUUAACAUAGAAAAUAUGGAUCCUCCUUUGCCUGUGAUCAAGAAACUGCAUAAACCAGCAGAUGGAGAAGUGGACACUCUGUGGAAGAGGAGAUCUGGUGGGGUUGCAUUGAAAAAUUUGCAGCUGCAAAAAAUUCAACUUAACAGUCAUAAUAUUGCACCAACUACUGUUUGAUGAGCAACUUCAAAGGGUCAGGUGAGACAAUGCAUAGAAAAUGUAAAUUGGGUUUUAUUUGAUUGAUCAAAUUUUUGUGUUGUAAAAGAAAUCAAAGGACGGCGAUGUAUCAAGAAUGUAUACGAGUAUCUCUCUAAACUCUAAAUGGUCAUAUAAUAGAAAUAGAUCUAGCAUAUUACUUAA